UCUAUGGACUGCGUUCAAAGCACAAAUACUUGGUUCUGUGAACCCUAUGUCUACACCUCUCUUUCUCAUCACCUAUAUAAGUAACAUGGAGCUUCAUUGAUGUACAUAGUAUUUUCUGACUGAGUUUGAACAUUAUCUCUAAAACUUCUACAAUCAUUUUGUUUUUUUUUGUUUUGCAAAUUUGAGGAGAACAUGGAAGGAAGGUCCUAUUCAGAUUGGAAUGAGAGUUCUUCAUCGCUAUUUGGAUCAGAGAAUCUGGAGGAAGAGUUAGGAGUGGUAACUGUGAGAGCUGAAGAGGUUUUCUCUCGGAUUCCUCAACCUCAGACACCAAGCGAGUCAAUGAAGUUUCUGUCCAGAUCAUGGAGUCUAUCUGCUUCUGAAAUCUCCAAAGCUCUAGCUCACAAACAGAGACAACAUCAGAGUCUGUCUACUGUUUCCCAUUACAGUCCUAAUGUCUUCUUCCAAGAUUCUGCGGCAAACCCACUCAUGGCAGGGAAGAUCAUGAACUCAAGUGGCAAAGGCAAAUCAGGGAAGUUAUCAAAGUGGUUUCACCAAAAGCAACACACCAACCCAAACACCAUGAGGAAUCCGAAGAGGAAAGACAAAGCGCGUGUGGAGAGAGCCCGUGUCCACUCAGGUGUGUCCAUCGCAGCUCUGGCAGCUGGGUUAGCGUCUGUGACAUCCGAGGGAAGCUGCAGUCAAGGGUCAGGCUCCAUGAUGACGCUGGCUCUAGCCUCAGCUACGGAGCUACUAGCUUCGCAUUGCAUUGAGAUGGCUGAGCGAGCAGGUGCUGAUCGUGAAUGUGUUGCUGCUGCGGUUAGGUCUUCAAUUGAUAUCCACAAACCUAGUGAUCUCACCACUCUCACAGCCGCAGCUGCAACUGCUUUGAGAGGAGAAGCGGCUUUGAAGGUGAGGCAGCCGAAGGAAGCAAGGAAGAACGCGACGAUCACACCUUGUGAGAGGAGCUUCUCUGACUCUAACUGGACUGCAAAUUGUCAGUUUAGAUUGGAUGAACCAAAUCUUCCUUUAGAGGGUGAUUUGGUACAAUGUGCACAAAACGGAGGACAUCGACUUAAGCGAGUUUGUGUCUAUAUCAACAACAAGUCUCAGGUAAUGAUCAAACUCAAAAGCAAACACAUUGGAGGGACAUUCUCCAAGAAGAUCAAAUGCGUUGUUUAUGGAGUCUGCGACGAGAUAUCUGCAUGGCCUUACAGUAAAGAUAAUGAAAACUCAGAAGAUGUCUACUUUGGUCUUAAAACUGGACAGGGUCUUUUGGAGUUCAAGUGCAAGAGUAAGAUUCAGAAGCAGAGAUGGGUUGCUGGGAUUCAGUCUACUCUCCGCCAAGUAACUUGUCUCGAGGCUGACAAAUGCUGUCUCGAAUCUUUGAGCCUCAGUGAUCGUAUGCGAUAGAGAAUCCUGUAAAUAACUUGUUCACAGUAACUGCAAGUGAAUCAGAAAUC